AUGAGUUCGAAUAGUUCAAAACCAAUCCAUAGCAGUAAGGUUAUGGGUGGUAAUCCAGCUAACAAGACAAACAGCAAAUUACACAGUCAGAAUACUGCCUUCAGACCCAAAAUAUCAAGAAAGAAUAACCCAAUGUCAUCAAAGUCUUUUAAAAAGUAUUCAUCCAAGAACCUUGCUAAGCUAAGGAAAUCUCCCGAAGAACAACCAAGGGUCGGAGGAAAAAGUAUUGGUAAACUAAAAACUAGAAGACCAGGAGGUGGAAAAAGCAGCAAUAUCAAUAAACCCAGUUCAAGAAGGUUUAGUUUGAUAAGUGAUGGCAGUUCUGCCGAUGAUGUUGAACAGAGUGAUGACGGAUCAUUGGAUAUUGAAAUUGAUGAUUAUGAAGAAGAUGAAGAUGAAGAAGGAAAUGUCAUUGUUGAUGAUGAUGAUGACGAUGAUGAUGAAGAAGAAGAAGAUGAUGAUGAUGAUGAUGAUGAUGAUGAUGAUGAUGAUGAUGAUGAUGAUGAUGAUUCAUCUGAAUAUGAAUCGGAUGUGGACUUUGUAAAAUUAACUGCUCAGCGAAAGAAAAGAGCACUCAAAGCAGCUAAAGGAUUGAGAAAUAAAGAAAAUGCGGACUCAAAUAAUAAUUCAAAAAAUAAUAAAGCGAAUGAUGGUGAUGAUUCUGAUAUUAAUAUCUCUUUUGAUUUCGAUUCUUUUGAAGACGAUCAUGGAUUAGAAAAAGAAGAUGUCGGUGAAGAAGUAGAGGGAUCAAGAACCGUGAAGAACCCUAAGAACUAUCGCAGAAGUAUUCAAAGAAGACUCACAAAUCUUGAUAAGUCUAAUUUUUUGCCGGUACCAAAGCUUGGUGACGACUCUGACUCUCCGUUAUCGGAUAUUGAUAAGUCUGAUAAUGAAAAUGCUAUUUUAACUGAUUCUAGUGAUGAGGAUCCAGUGCUUGAUGAAAAAGAAUUGGCCAAACAUGCUGCUGCCGAUGAUGACGAUAAGGAUGAUGAAGAAAUCGACAAUGACAAGUUGGCAGAAGCGAUUGCUGCUGAUGAGGCAGACCAUGCUGAUGCUUACGAUGAUGAAACAUUGGCCCAAAUGAAAAAAAUGAAAUUGAAAAAGCAGAGGAAUGCCAACAAUAACGAUCAAACUGUAUUGAGUGACGACGAUGACUUGCUAGCAAAAGAAACCAAGAACUUAUUGGAGGAAAUGAAGGGUGAUAAUGACAUGUAUUUUAUGAAUGAUGAGUUCAACAUUGGAUCUGGAAAUAGCUUUUUUAUGGGCCACCAAACUGAUAACUUAUUGAAUGAUUUUACUAGACCAGCAAUCAUACCAAGGAUGAGUAUUGUGGAAAAUCACAAAGAUGUGGUACUUCGGGAUAAAAUUGGAAGUAAAGGAUCCGGUAAACAGAACGAUGAUGAUGAUGAUGAAGUCUUGGAAUUUGUAUCAGAUGAUGAGGAGAAGAAAAAUGGAGAUAAAAAUUCAGACGACAAUAAUAAUGUCAAUAACAAUGACGAUGACGAUGAUGAUGAAGAUGAAGAAAGUGAAAUUGAAUUAUCGGUAUUUGAUGAUUUAUAUUAUAAACCAUCAGGGUUCUUCAACAUAAACAACUCUACUGGUAACAAGUAUCUUGAUGCUUACGAUGAAACGGGGGAUGAUGCCUAUUUCUGGGAUUAUCUAUUAGGUGAUGAUGAGAAGAAGAAGAAAACCGAAUCUAAAAAGCGGAAAAGUAGAAGUAAAAGUCACAGAAGUAGCAGUACAAGAGAACUUUCAAGUGGGGCUCAGACAUUAGUUAACAAAACCGCUGGUAAAAAUGCUAUGAAUUUUGAUUUAACUCUUGGAACCAACCAAAGCUUCAUGGACUACCAAGCCAUCUUCUCUGAUGAAGAUGAAAACGAAAUGACCGAUGUUGAAGAGAACUUACCGAUUUCGACUGCUAAAAAUAUUGGCUCUAGAUCGGUUAAAGAAGUAUUAUCAUCUGCUAAAGUUAAUGGGGGUGGCGCUCCAAGAAUGGCUACAUGGAUUGCUUCCAAAGAUGUACCGUUUGAAAUUAUCGAUGGGUUGUCAACACGAUCUAUUAUUCCUUAUACCAUGAAAAAUACAGGUGUUAAAAGUAAUGCCAGCAAUCCUAAUCACAAAAGAAAUGUUAGUAUGGGGAUGGAUUUGAAGUUUGAUGAAUUUUUCAAUCUCAGUGAAUUGGAAGAGGGAACCGAGGAUAAUUUCAAUUGGAAUGCUUUGACCACCAGUACCAGUAAUAAAAGAAAGGUUCCGCUAACCGCUUUUAGAAACAGGGUUCAUUCUCAGUCUCAUCCAUCCACUGGCCCAGCGGAGUUCGAAAAUAGUAGAAAGUUUUCUGGUAGUCGGGGCAGCUUUACUGCUGACGCGAAACCAAGGGCAAGGCACUCUAGAAACUCCAGUGUUAGUAAAUCAAACAAGAUCAGAAAACAAAUUAAACAAAGUGUCCUAAGAAAUGCCCCUGGAGACUCAAAAAUUUUGUUAAGUAAACCAGUGGACAAGGCUAUGAAAAAGAGAAGACAGUCUUCGGUGAUGGAGGCUAACCAGGAAGGUUUGGUUUUCACGGAUAAUGGUUUAUUUAGUGAAAAUGUGUUGAUGGGAGUCGAGGAGUUGCUAAGCGAGGUGGGAGAGGUUGACAAUGCCGAAUUAAGUGGGUUGUUGAGCGGGAUUCAAUUUUGA